AUGUUAGCUGACGUUUGAUGUUCGCCUAGCUAGUUAGCUAGCUAGCUCGCUCAUGUAACUAUUUAGAUGGUAACGUUAUUGCUAAAAGUUGGAAGCUAUCGCUAACGUUGGUUGAAUUCACAUCUCUCAGUGCAGUCGCCUAAUUGUCAAGAUAUGGCAUAACAUUUAAAGAUUAAAUCAAAUGCAACUACUUGCUGUUGACCGAAUGUGUGUCGAAUAGCCUUAAUGUACAUGUAGCUUACGGUAUAUGACUAUUUUAGCUUUUGAAUUUACCAAGCUACGUGUGCUAGAUAUGGAGAGCGUCGCCCCUUCGUCCACCUUUGAAUCUCAGGGCUUCAGUCCAACUUGCAGAAGGCAGCGUACAGUGGAAGACUUCAACAAGUUUUGUACUUUUGUGCUAGCCUAUGCUGGGUAUAUUCCUUACCCACAAGAGGAGGCCUCCCUCAGGAGCAGCUCCAGUCCGCCCAACAGCACAGGCAGCACGGCCGACAGCGACUGCUGGGACACCCAGCGCCUCAGCGGCCCAUUCCCCUCCCCAGGCCUUCCCCGGCCCUGCCUGUCUGGUGGCCGGAAGAGCUUCGGAGGCUUCAAGCGUGGACCAGAGGCCGGCCUCCUGGACGCCUCUCAGCUCCGCAAGCGCCCCAAGUCCGCCGGCCUGUUCCUGGAGGAAAGUCGGAGGAAGACGGACAAGUUGCUGAAGAAGAAGAAGAAGAAGAAGCAGCUGAGGAAGAGUCUGGGAGAAGACGCCGUGGAGCUGAGCAAUGUGGGCCAGGGGUGCAGUUCUCUACCACAGUUCACGUGGAACAGCGUCCGGGCCAUCAAAGAGGAGCCAGAGGAUUUUCUCAGUAUCCCCAUACCCAGUGUCUCAUAUGCACACAGUCAAUCACCACCUGACCACCCGGUUCAAAACAACUACCCGGGCUGCAGCUCGUCUCCGCACCAGGAAGGCCUCCUGGUCUGCAAGCAAGAGCUAGACUCUGCUCAAGGCUCUCCGUCUUGGGAUGGAAAGGACAGUCCAGAAGCAGACUCCAGGCCUGGGCUCUCAGAUGGGGAGGCAGUGAUGGUGAAGGUGGAAGGCGUCCCGGGCACCCGGACUGUGUUCCGUCAGGGGAAGCAGGUAGUCUUCAGGGACGAGGAUGGCUCAGGGGACGACGAGGACAUCAUGGUGGACUCAGACGACGACUCCUGGGAUCUGGUGACGUGCUUCUGCAUGAAGCCAUUUGCCGGGCGGGCCAUGAUCGAGUGCAACCAGUGCAACACCUGGGUCCACCUGUCCUGUGCCAAAAUCCGCAAGACCAACGUGCCCGAGACGUACGUCUGCCAGCGCUGUAAAGACACCCAGUUUGACAUCCGGCGCUCCAACCGCUCGCGGAUGGGCCCCAGGAAGCACAUGUUAGACUGAAGCCACUCCUGCCCAUUGAGACAGACAGACUCUCGUUCCACUGUGUCCUGUCCCUCACUCAGCCCAGUACAUGAACAACCCCCUCCCCUGUUCACGCACUCAGCCCUACUUCACUGCCUGUGUGGAGUCCCAGCAGUACAGAGCAGGGGAGAACGCCACUUCUGAGGACUCCUUUUGUUGUAUUUUCACAGUUCCCUGCAUGUUAAAACUUAGAGGUGGACUAUUUGAACAGGAAAAAUGGUACCGCCCUGAAAAGCAGGGCUUAAUAGGACAUGGAUCAGGCCAGGUGUGAUGCAGAGAGUCAGAGACUUGCACUUUUUUAAAAUGUCCAAUAGGGUUUUGGCAACCUGAAUUGGAAUUUAAAGAUGCUAUUAUGAAACAAAAAGCUUGUAUAGGUUUCAUUUUUUUUGUUGUUGACCAGCACUUAGUGCUUAUCCUGUGUUGCUGGAGUUCCGAUUGAAAGCAGUUUUGUUUUUUUGCUUUGACAUUCAUUUUUAAAAAGAAAAUGUUAUACAUUGUUUUUUUUAAAUAUAUAUAUAUAUAUCUGUAUAUGUUCAGCAGCUUCAAGUGGUUUUGUUUUAGGUUUUCAAGAAACGGUUUUGUUUAUGUGUGCUUGUGUGAAGAAUUUUAUAUGGGCAAGAUGGUCAUUUGUUUUCUACAAAGGUGAUGAGAACGUCAACAUUAGGUAUGGGAGUCUAUGUUUGCUUGUCUUAAACACUCACACCGCUUUAGUUCCACUCAGCCUUCUGUUAAAUACACAAAUGUUUAAUGUUGACUAAAUAAGUAUCUACAUGCUAUUCUGUAAUGUGAUAUUGCCAGGUUCAUUGGUGCUCAGUUUCUAGUUGAUUGAAAAUCUUCCUUUUUUACGACUGUUGAAACGGUGUCUACAGACCAAAGUGGAUUGAACUCGGUGGUUCAGACUGGCUGAUGUAAACGUGUAAUUUAAUUUGAAUCUGGUCUUACUGCCCAUGUUGUCAUGCACACUGUUCAUAGUACUCUAAUGCCAAAGCAAGUUAUCAAUAGGAACCCACUGACAAGCUCGUUAAAUUAUGUGAGAUGAUGUUUUCCGACAUUAUCGAUAAAAAUCGCAGCUAAGCAUCUCCGUAUCAUUGAAAAGGUAUGUAGUUUUUAGACUUUUGAGAUCCCUUGUUUCCCUCCUUUCCAUUUGUUGCACUACUCGGGCAGUGCUUCUGUUUGCAUUUCAGGAAUACUGGUAUUACGUCCGGUCAUGUUUAAAGACAAAUGUCAGAAGAUGGCUUAAGAUUCUUAAUGUUUUGAAAGUGUUUUACAUAAGCUCAGUAUUGUCUUAAAUUGUUGUUUUUGGAGGCUGACAUUUCUAGUGAGGUUUAGAUUUGGGAACGGCCUUUAAUGACAAGAUUUUAUAUUUGUCUCGCAUGCUCAAACACCGCAGGGAUUUCGGAUCAGAAUUCAAGCUUAAAUCUGAAUCAGGUGUGAGUAUGUUUUUGGAAGUGACAAACUGUACUGAUCCAUCAGUCAUGUUAUUUUAAAUGGAAAACUUAACAUUCAUCUCCCUUUUGAUGCUGUUCCAGAAGCUCAUCAGUAUGUAUUUUAUUUCCCAUGGAUAAAGUACUGGACAUGGUUUAACGAGUUUAGACAUGGGGUUUUGGGCUCAUAGAUGUUUUUUUCCUUUGUGUUUGGUAUGGUGUUUUAUUCCUGUCCCUAUUGUUCUGCAGGUUUUAGAAAGCGGUUGCUCU